AUGCUCCCCGUGCUUGACGCAUUGUCGGCAGCAGACGCUGCUGGAACUAAGCAGGUCCCCGGAGAUGAGGAUUACGCCGUUGCCGAAGUUCGAGCUGCCGCAGGGGGAAGUGAGGCAGAAAUCUGGGCAAGCGACUUGUACAAGUGCGAGUUUUUUGCCGUUGUGACUGAGGCCUCAGAUGCUGCAGCUGUACUGCGAACAACGGAACUGGCGCAUGCGGGAGGAGGGCCCCCUGGAAAUGACUCGCCCCUGCCGCAGGGCAGGAUGCACACCUCGACUGCCACCGUCGCCAUCCUGAAGGAGCAGAGAGCCAAGGAUAUUGUGAUUGACGAAAAGGAAAUUCAAAUUCGCACAGCGCGAGCCUCUGGCGCGGGCGGACAAAACGUCAAUAAGGUGGAAACGGCUGUCGACUUGGUGCAUCUGCCUACCGGGAUUCGCGUGUUCUCUCAGCAGGAAAGGACUCAAGUGCAAAAUAAACGGGUAUCAGGCGGGCAGCGACACGAGAAGAUUCGCACAUAUAAUGCGCGGGAUGGCCGCGUGUCUGAUCACCGGCUAGAAAAGCAGCGAAUCUUCCCAUACAAACAGGUGCUGAUGGAAGGGAAGUUGCAGCAGUUGCAUUCGAUGCUGUUGCUGCAACAAGCUAAAUACACGCUGCGCCAGCACCUGGCCGCCCUCAGAGAAGUAGUUAUAACACCUAACAACUCCAAUCUAGAAGGCUAA